UAAAGUUUUAAACACUUUGCUGAGUGCCUGAGACUCAUUUUCAGUGUUGCGUUCAAUACGUUGAUAACGUGAAAAACCAACCCAUCUUCUGCGGUAUCAGCAUAAACUCUGACGAAUAGGUUCUUGUUGGACAGGGAAAAAAAGACAGCAUGGCCACCAUAAUCAGUCAGUGUCUACGUGUUGCUAUUUGCGUCGUUCUCUUUUCAAAUUCAUCGUGGGCGAGAAGCGAGAACGAUGUACCAGUGUUGUGCCCAGCUGUAGCUCCUGGUAUUUUUGGUGACUUGACUCAGCAUUAUGGUUGUUACCUACCAGGUGUAGAUGUGCUUGAGGACAAAAUGAAACCAACUAGACCAUCUGGCAUGUCCAGGAUAAAGCCAGGAGCCAUACCUCAAACACCCAUGUGGCUGAAGGAAUUUUCUAGUCAUUUGUUGAAUUCUACUCGUCUGAUCAACAACUUCCUUCAAGCAGGAAAUCCAACACUUGAUGACAGCGACACAGAAUGUGAUGGAAGUUGCCCUUCUUCGCCCUCUUGGGUACCUCAGUGCUGCCGGGCUGAAACGAGAUUGCUCUACCCAAUGUAUGGCCGCUCGCUCACCACCGAUCGAUUGGUGCCUAUCGCACAGGAGUUGAACCCCAAUGGGAUACAGCAGCCCGUCGUCUACCGCCACUGCCUAAUUGGUGCACGGUCGCUGCCACCAGAGCACUUUGGCUCGUCUUUUUUUCAUUCCCACAACUGGAGGUUAUCCGUACCGACAGGAUUUGAUCCUCGUACCCAACAACUGCGAAUGCCUCGUCACUUUAGGCCGAAAAUUUGAGAACAAUUGGGACGAAUCCGACAAGCAAGACACCCCCGAUAACAGCCCGCCUGCCACUUUGUUGCCUUUAAAUGAAGGUUCUGGCAUGGGUGGUGUCGAGAGCAGUCCAGACUUGGCCAUGGUUCAGGACGAGCAACUGAUCCUGCAUCAUCAGGAUUCUUGAUCGCAUCGUCAGUGUCGGGUACCUACUUUUCUAAACGACACCAUCGACACAAGCGCUGUGACUUCCCGUCACUGCUCACAUUGUUGUUUAGUUUUUGUUUUGUUUUGUUUUUUUUCCCUCUCCCGCCCCCCCAAUCCUUUUGUUGUUCGUCCUCACGUCCCUUGCUCUCAAUAGAUCGUUACGUACAAACAG